GCAGCAGAAUCCUCAGUGUUAAUUCAACCUUUAUCGCGCGCGGCGAGGAAUUAAUUUGUCAAAAACAAACUUGUCGCAUUAUUGUCCCGGGAAGACAAAGUCCGCAACAUUGUGGUCAAAGAGAAGUUGUGUUGCCCGGAGCCACAGGGGAGUCCUGCCCCUCCGCGGUCCCGCGGGGGUUGACUUGUCCCCUGCGGAGCGCGCAGCCUUUCAUCAGCCCGGAGGAUCCAUUUGGAGAAUGUCGAUGCCAUGAUCCCAAGGUAAGCUGGCGUCCUGUUGUGUCCAUCUGUCCGGCUGGAAGAGCUCCUGACUCAGAAACACAAAAUGUCUGCUGCUAACAUCAGCCCGCUGAUCCUCGCCCUCCUCCUCCUCUCACCCUCGGUUUCGAGCCAGCAGGUCCCCUCGAACUGCGUGAUCCAGAGGGAGCAGGAGAAAUGCAUGGAAAUGAUAGCCUCGGACGAUCCUGGGAACGAUCCAGAGUUCGGCUGUCCGUGGAUGUGGGACAACCUGACGUGUUGGCGGUCUGCCAGGAUCGGUGAGGUGGUCGAAGUCAACUGUCCUGAACUCUUCUCUCAGUUCAUAGAUGAAGAAGACUACGAGGUGGGGAGGGUCAGUCGUAACUGCACUGAGUUCGGCUGGUCAGAGACCUUCCCUCAUUACGUCGACGCCUGCCUGUAUGAGGAGGGAAACAGCAGCCACUCGAACAUGUACUAUGUGUCAGUGAAGGCUCUGUACACUGUGGGCUACAGCACCUCGUUGGUCUCCCUCACCAUGGCCAUGGUCAUCCUGUGCAGGUUCAGGAAGCUGCACUGUACCAGGAACUUCAUCCACAUGAACCUGUUUGUGUCGUUCAUCUUAAGAGCUAUUUCGGUCUUCAUCAAAGACGGCGUGCUGUACGCCAAAGAGGACAGCGAGCACUGCUUUAUACACACUCUGGAGUGUCGAGCAGUGAUGAUAUUCUUCCAUUACUGUGUCCUUUCUAACUACUUCUGGCUCUUCAUCGAGGGUCUAUACCUCUUCACUUUACUGGUGGAGACCUUUUUUCCUGAAAAGAGAUAUUUCUACUGGUACAUCAUCAUUGGUUGGGGAACCCCCACGGUGUGUGUGACCAUCUGGGCGGUGCUAAGGCUACACUUUGAUGAUAUAGGGUGUUGGGACAUGAAUGACAGUGCUGCCAUCUGGUGGGUGAUCAAGGGGCCGGUGCUGGCUUCAAUUAUGGUCAACUUUGUGCUCUUCAUUGGCAUCAUCAUCAUCCUUGUGCAGAAGCUACAGUCCCCAGAUAUCGGAGGAAAUGAAUCCAGUAUUUACCUGAGGUUGGCCCGCUCCACUCUGCUACUGAUCCCUCUGUUUGGGAUCCAUUACACUGUGUUUGCCUUCUCCCCUGAGAAUGUGAGCAAGAGAGAGCGCCUGGUGUUUGAACUGGGCCUCGGAUCCUUCCAGGGCUUCGUGGUGGCGGUCCUCUACUGCUUCCUGAAUGGAGAGGUGCAAUCGGAGAUCAAGAGGAAAUGGCGCAGCUGGACGGUGAACAGGUACUUUGCUGUGGACCUGAAGCACCGGCAUCCUUCGCUGGCGAGCAGUGGUGUGAACGGGGGCACGCAGCUGUCCAUCCUCAGCAAGAGCAGCUCGCAGAUCCGCAUGUCCAGCCUGCAGGCCGAGACUCCGGCCACCUGAGCGGCGCUGGCGGGGACGCCACGUCCGGCAACGACGACGGAUCCGGACCCGACGCCG